UUAAACACUAAACCAAAUAGACCUUCUUCAGCAACUUCCUUCAUCAAAUAUUCUGCAUUCAUGGUUAGACGGUUACUCAUUACUGUCCAAGAACAAGAAAUACGUUGUCUUGUCGUGGUUAAAGAAUUGGAUCGUUGGUUGCAUCGCCAUUCUUCAUUCAACAUUUGUGGUUCUUCUCAUCUCCUCGUAGUUGUACUGUCUGAAACAUAAGUGAACUUAAUCGAUUGUCAAUUAUUAGAGCAUCAAUGGCAUCUUUUGAACCAACCAUUAGCCUGGAUGAAUAUGCAUUUAUUCCUCGGGAGAAGAUGCAGCAGCCUAAAAUGGGCAGGAAAGCUAUUACUGAUAUGACUAAGUCUAAGAAGCAGCUUGCAAAGGACAAUUCAUCAGUAAAGAACCUCAAUACUCUAAAGGCACCGGAAAAGGUGGUGCAACCUAAAAUUCGCAGGAAACCUCUUGGUGAUUUAACAAACUCGAAGCAGCCAUGUGUACUUGAAAAUUCAUCCAAGAAAAACUGUAUUAAGAACGUUUAUGCUUUCAAGAAAGAGCAACUUUACAGUUUUGCUUCAGGGGAAGGUUUUCUGCAUAACCACAACGAGUGCAUGAAGGCAAAUCCUCAAUUAUUGAAUAUGAGCAUGGAUUAUUUUCUGGAAACUGUUGCGCUCAAAAGAGAUUCUUCAGCUCUUCAGCUCCCUCAACUGUACAAGUCCUCAACUUUGGAGCUCGACACCUCUAUGACGAUUGAAGAGGUGGAGUUUCUAAACAUUUCGGCUCCUCCAAGUCCUCAAACACCAAGGUUUGCUGGUUCUCCUAGUCGGGAUUUGGAUUGUAAGAAUUUGGAGCUUUCACCUUUGAGGCUUAAAGAUACACCUGUCAGGGUAAAAAUCUCCAUUUGAGGCUUUAUUAUCGAUUGGAUUGAAGGUUGGAUCAUUGACAUUGUUCGGAGUAAUGAAGCAGAGUGACUCAUUGCUAGACGGGGCAAUGAAAACUUCAACUGUUAGAUGAAAGUAGAAUAAGUGAAUAAAUCCGAAUGUAGAAAUGAGAGAAGUAAAAACUAACUAAAUAUUAGUCCUGAAAUCUUCAAUCUUGAUGUUAUAACUUAGUACUUUGAUAGUUUGAUUAAUUGAUUUUGUAAAUAUGAAUAUGUUGUCUUUAGCUUUAGAAUAUCAUAGUGUGAUAAGAGUGAA